CACAAUAUUACUCGACAACAGCGUUGGUCGCAUUCUCGACUAUAAUGAAAGAAUCCUCUGCGACAUACAAAGAUUUUAAAGCUCAAUUAGUAGAGCAGCAUCUGAAUUCCAGCUGGAAAGUACGUAAAACAUUUGCUG